AUGGGGAAGUCCAUAGAGUUGGCAAAGAUUCUCCAGAAAAGGAAGAUCAAUAUAGCUUGUGCCGAAGAGACUAGGUGGGUGGGGACUAAGGCACGAGAGGCAGACGAUUUUAAAUUAUGGUACUCUAGAGGUGUGAGGAGUAAGAACGGAGUAGGUUUUUUGGUGAACAGGAAACUUAGGGAGUUAAUGGUAGAGGUUAGGCGGGUGAACGAUAGGCUGAUGGCUAUUAAGCUUGGUGUUGGAUGGCUUACUCUAAACGUUAUUAGCGCUUACGCUCCUCAUGAGGGCUUGGAUGAGGAGGUUAAAAGGCACUUCUAG